AUGAAAAAACCAGUUGAUUCUACCAAUUAUGGAAGAACUCAAGACACAGUGUUCAAUGAUGGUCCAACGACUAUCGUUGUCGAUCGAAUUGUUCAUAUUGGGCGUGGUCCGAUUUCUUGCUCAAUUUUAUGCCACUCUGCGGCCGCAAAUCGGGUGACCGUCGAAGAUACCGUCACCCAGUUACGUCAGCGUGCCCGUGGGUCCUGGUCGCAUGGUAUAAAAGCCGAAAACCAUCCGUCUAUGGUAUCAUUCGCAUCACAGACAGACAGAUCGAGAGAUCUUCCAAUCAAGCAAGCUACAAUGGUUUUCAAGUUCAUUGCUCUCGCUGCUUUCGUAGCAUCUGCUAAGGCUGGAUUCAUCUCGACGGAACCUUUGGCAUAUGCUCCCAGUGUGCCCUUAGCUCCGUUAGCGGCUGCCCAAGUAGCCAAGACAGUGGUUGCAGCUCCUGUAGCUAAAGCUGUGGUAGCUAAAGCUGUGGACGCUGAUUUUGACCCUCAUCCUCAAUAUAGUUAUGCUUAUGAUGUACAUGACACGUUGACUGGUGAUGCCAAAAGCCAGCAGGAAACCCGUGAUGGAGAUCUUGUUCAGGGUAGUUAUUCUCUCAUCGAAGCCGACGGAACCAGACGCACUGUCGAUUACACCGCUGAUCCAGUCAACGGAUUCAAUGCAGUUGUACGCAAAGAAGCAGCUGCCGCUGCUCCAGUUGCGUAUGCUGCCCCAGUAGCAAAGAUCGCCGCAGCUCCAGUUGCCUAUGCUGCUCCAGUAGCAAAAAUCGCCGCAACUCCAGUUGCCUAUGCCGCUCCUGUUGCUAAAAUCGCCGCUGCUCCAGUUGCUUAUGCUGCCCCAGUCGCCAAAGUUGCCGCUGCUCCACUCGCCUAUGCCACACCCGUUGCCAAACUUGCCGCUGCCCCCGUCGCCUAUGCUGCUCCAGCCCCAGCUUUAAUCCAUUGA